UUUAAAAUAAAAAAUCAUUUAUAAAUAAUGGUAAAAUUUAAUUCUCCAUAACAAAGAAAAAUCUAAAUUAUGGCAACAGAAAAAGACCACACAGAGCAGUGGUCCAUGAGCGCAUAAAAGGAAAAACCAAUUAAACGUGGACCAUGUCCGAUUCGUGUCACUUAUAGGAAUCCACUUUUAAAUGCGACCUGGCCCACCUAAUCAAGACCACAUAAAACGCCACCGAAUUUGUCCGACAAAAGGAAACCCAAAACGCCGCCGUUUCAAGUGCAAACCCUAUAAAAUGGCCAUCCUCUCCACACCUACCCCCUUUUCUUUCUCUGUUUUCUGGGGGAGCCAUCUUGACUUGAAACAAUGCCGUACUAUUCGAGGAACGAAGACGACGUCCAUGAUUUCGACGAGUAUGAUCCGACACCAUAUGGAGGUGGAUACGACAUGGCCUUGACGUACGGACGUCCCAUCCCACCGUCUGAUGAAACUUGCUACCGACACAGCUCAUCCGCCGAUGAGAUCGACUACGAUCGCCCCAAUUUCACCUCCUACGCGGAGCCCUCCGCCUACGCCGAUGAGCAUCUCCAGGAGGAGUACACUAGCUAUGCCCGUCCCAAGCACAGACCUGGUCCUGCUCAUGGCUUCACCCCUGGUGGGGAAGUAUUUGUUGAUGCUAAGCCUGAGCCUGCUUAUGGGUUCCCACCUGGAGUGACAAGGCCUGGGUCCGAUUAUGGAUCUGGUGGCUAUGGCGGAACGCCCGAUUAUGAGAAGCCACCUAGCCAGGAAUAUGGUUCUGGGUACGGCCGGAGGCCAGAUUCAGAAUACGGAUCUGGUGGAUACGGCGGGAGGACCGAGUAUGAGAAGCCAGCCAGCGAAGAAUAUGGAUCGGGCUAUGGCAGGAGGCCAGAAUCGGAAUAUGGAUCUGGUGGGUACGGCGGAAAGACCCAGUAUGGAAGACCAACCAGCGAGGAAUACGGAUCCGGCUUUGGCCGGAGACCAGAAUCAGAGUAUGGAACUGGGUACGGUGGGAGAACCAAUUAUGAGAGGCCACCUGGUGAAGAGUAUGGAUCCGAAUAUGGUAGGAGACCUGAAUCUGGGUAUGGAGAGAGUACUGAACAUGAGAUUCCCAGUGCGGAAUAUGGAUACGGAUAUGGGGGCAGGAAGGAGUCUGAGUAUGGAUCUGGGUAUGGAGGGAGGAAGCAGUCUGAAUAUGAAGGUGGAGGAUCUGAGUACGGAGAUGGGUAUGGGCGCAAGCCAAGCUACGGGGAGGAAGGAGGAUAUGGAGAGAGGACUGAGUAUGGGAGGCCAAGUUAUGGAGAUGAACCACCGAGGAGGCCUAAUUAUGGGAGGCAAGAAGAGGAGUACGAGAGGCCAACUUAUGAGAGGCGCGAUGAUGAUGAUGGUGAGUCUCGCAACAAGUAUGGCUAUGGUGGCGAAGAGGGUUAUAGCCGCAAGAAAUAUGGAGAUGAUGACUCUGAUGAUGAAGAGAAGAAGCAUCAUCGCUACAAGCACCACCACCACAAGAAGCACCAUGAAGACGAGUGAUGGAGCCGUUGUUAACUUGUUAUUGGGACUCAUGCCCAUUAUUGGCUACUAAAUAAAGGAUCAAGGCAUGUUUCCUGUUUAAUGGUCGUUUUGUUUUGUGUAAGAGUUCUUUGUCAACUUGUGUGUUUCCCCUAGCGUGAUGCAUCAUCUGUUGGUAUUCAUGCCCCUAUUAGCUGCUACGGCGUGUUUCGUUUUUAAUGGUGCUUCCGCUGUGCAAUCCAUGUGAAAUAUCUACUGUGUUAUUUGGUAUGUUCUCCUAAAUAAAAUCCUGAACCUGUGAGUUUGGAAUGUUUCUUA